UUGAAUUUGUUGUCUAGUAUUUUAUUUUGAUGAUAUUAUAAACGGAAUUAUAUCGGAGAUAAUGAACACCUCCAGCAAGUCCACUGCACUAUCUGCAGAUUUAAAUAAUUUUGUAUACGGUGUUUCAAGACGAAACACUCAAAGUACCCCGGAGCUUACUAAAACUGGUAUAAGUUUGUUAAAAACCUUUCCGGCGGCAAGGGACGCUGUGUUAGAGUUUUUCUCGAUUGUGUUUCAAGAAGCCGUUAACGUUGCCAUCAGUCAAACUGACUAUGAAGCUGAUCCAAAUGCAAAUAGUCUUUUGGAGAGUGUCAGUAUGAUCGGACCUGAGCUAUGCAAUCUCGGAGAGUCAUGGGCACCUUUCAUAGCACCAUGGUGUGUCAAUUUGAUAAUUGACAUUUCCACUAACAAGUCCAAUGUGCCAAACUCCACCCUCCAGAGUGCCGAACCUGUCAGGGUGCUGUUGGAUAUAACAACACAAAAUUUAACUUUAUUAGGUCCAGAGGAAAAAGCUACAUGCAUUGAUAUGAUGCUUGAAUCUCGUUGGUGCGGCUGGGCUGUGGGUCGCGUGGUGAGGGCGGAGGCCGGGCUGGUGGCUCUAGUGGCUCCGCGGGCGCUGGCUCUGGGCGCAGACGCGGCGCGUGCGUUGCUAGCCCAGCUGGCGCACCACGCACCCGCACUCGCGCACCUAAAACGAGCACUACAAACUUUAUUUCACGAAGUGAUAAGGGAGGACAGUAUGCCGGAGAGUAAGCGUGACGUCAUACCGUAUCUACUGAAUUUAGCUUCGAAGUCCGAUGUAGUCCUGAAAGCCUUCACGCAAGAUAUAGAACAAACGCUGUCGGAUGAGGUGGUGCGUCGUCUGGGCGCGGUGUGCGGGGGCGGGGCGCGGUGGGAGGGCGCGGCGCCGGCGUCGCUGGUGCAGCUGUUGAUGCGGACGGACGCCAGGUGUCUGCUGCUGCUCCUCAGACACGCUCGGAACUACCAGUUCUGCAGGCAGUUGCUUGAGCACCUCCUACAGAAGCUAGAAUACGAAUGUCUAUUCCCGGACAAAACUAUACCGCUGUUGACGAGCGCCGCUGAGGAGAUACACAUGAUCCGGGAGAAGCUGCUGGAUGGGAAUCAGCUGGAGAAGUAUUCACUCGCGCGACUGCUCAUCCUGAUUUGCUACAACCAGCCCUCGGAGUUCGUAUCGACCAUAAGCUACCUGCUGCAGUACAGCCGCGACGACGCGACCCUGGCGCUGCUGGUGCGCAUCAUGUCCGGCACCGCCUCCAUGCACGCGCCCAACGACACCCCCGACCUCAGCACCGACACCGAGCGGUACCAGGAUUUCAUCAGGACGGGCGUGGAGCACGCUCUCAGGGACGCCGCCAUGUCCGACACGCAGAUAAAGAGGUGCUUCAUCGAGGGAAACGUUCCUAAGGAUCAAAAGACGUACAUGCAUUAUUUUUGUCUGAACAUCAUUAAGCUGUUGAGAUGGGAGAGCUCGAAGCGCGUGUCGCAGCUGCGCGGGCGGGCGGUGGGGCGCGCGGUGCAGGCGAGCCUGUACCGGCUGGGCGCGGCGCUGCAGCACUACGCGGCGCUGCUGCGCGACCCGCAGCUGCACCACUGCACCAUGAGGUCGCUCAACGAGAUGCCCACGUGCCACGUUCUCGCCGAGGUACUAGACAGAGUGGACAUGUCCGGCACGAAGGGCCCGCCGCCGAGCGUCGAGAGUGUGCUCAAAGUCGUACAAGCGACCGUCAAAUAUUUCUUCAGGUGCAUCCACGAGCCAGACGUAAUGAACAAAGUCCGGGGCACACAGACCGCGUGCCGACUGCUCCGCAAGCUGUGCGGCCACAGCAAGCUGGCCCGCGCCGUCGGCCUGCGCGACCUGCUCGAGGCCGCCAUGUUCCGCGAGGAGCGCGCCUUCGGGACCCGCGCCGAGCCCCGCGCACCCGACGCCGACGACCUCCUCAUACACUUGAACCAAAAACACGGCCCGAUCACGCAACUGACGCAGAGCCACACGUCAGUGUUCCACGCGGGCAUCAUCGGUAAAGGAGUUAGGAAGAAGAGUUCCCACGACGAGAACGCACUGCCGCCGAUACUCACCACCAACAACGAGCUGCUAAUGGGCGCGCUGAUGGCUUGUAUGGACGGGAACAGCGGUGUGGUGGAAGGCGCGACCUCCGUGGCGCUGUUGCUGGUGGAGCUGGUGUCUCCCGACGUCAUGUACAACGGCCUGCCGUGGCCCGACGAGGACUUUACCAAGCAAGUGAGCAUCGAGCGCGAGCUGUACAUGCGCGCGGCGCUGGAGGCCAGCCCCGUGUGCCGCGCGGCGCUGCGGCGCUGCGGCGGCGCCCGCCCCGCGCUGUGCCUCGCCUCCGCGCUGCUGCGCGCCGCCGCCGCCACGCUGCUGCACCGCCUGCGCGCCCUGCUAGAUCGCCACACGCAUUCGCCUGAAGUGGAACGCGAGCGAGCUACAUUAACAGAGCUGUUGUCUACAAUGACCCUGGGGCAACUGUUACCGCAUCCGCUGAGUCAUAUGUUGGAAUUAGCGCCUGAGCUUACUCCGAACGAGAUUGUACAAGUACUGCGUGACUGUUUGUGGAACUACACACGGGAUCACGUCCCGUCGCCUGCUUUAUUUACGUGUGAUGCUACAGGCUUGCACUGGCGCGAUCCGUCAUCUUGCAAACCACCGGCCAUCUAUACGGAUACUUUGAGGAUUAUAAUACAGAAAAGAAUAGCGAAAUUGGGACAUUUGUAUCCAAUAAUGUUUUUGAAUCUUGAAAAGGAAAGCAGUAAUUAAUAUCUCAGGGCACUAAAUUGUUGUUUUUUUUAAAAAUAAUAUUGUACUACCAACUUGCUCGAGAUUGCCUGUGUACAUAAUGUAAAUAAUUUAUUAAUUAAAG